GUAUUUUCCGCAGCCGUAUAAUAUACGCUCUGAUGUUUAUUUUUUGUUAUAUGUGUUUGCCAUAUUCACAAGAAAAGGGCUAACAAACCUUUGAGAUUAGAUUAUUUAGAACUAAUUUAAAAAAAAACAUAAUUUCUCUCAUUAUAGCUGCCAGAAUAUCGAUAGAAUUAAUCGAUUAAUUAAUUUAACGCACGCAACUCUACAAUCUAAAAAAUAUAUGGAAAGUGCUUUUUAUUCUUGAUAUUUUUGAUGGUUUAAUAAAAUAUGAAAAGUCAAUUUUUAUAACAAUUUCUUACUGUUAUAAAACGACACAUUAUUUUGUUAAUUCCCUUUAGUAACUUAUCAUCUCAAAUACUUGUCCCGUUGCCAGUUUAAGAAUAUGCAACUAUCAUAUAAUUCAUUUAUCACAAAAAUACACAAUUUACCAUCCAAAUGUCUUAUUUGAUAUUAAAAUUUAAGAUAUGCGAAAACAUUAGAUCAACUAUGAUUAUUCUCAUUAUAUUAUGUUUCACAGAAUGUAGCGGGCGUGCAAAUGCAUCAUAUGCAAGUACCACUUCGCUCUCCCAUGGGACACGUAUCUCCUAUGGGACACGUAUCUCCCCUGGGACACGUAUCUCCCAUGGGACACGUAUCUCCUAUGGGGCACGCAUCCCCUAUGGGGCAGGGAUCACCAAUGGGACAACAGUGUGUAUCACCUAUGGGACAGCAGUGUGUUUCACCAAUGGGACAGCAGUGUGUUUCACCAAUGGGACAACAGUGUGUUUCACCUAUGGCGCAACAGUGUGUUUCACCAAUGGGUCAGCAGUGUGUAUCACCGAUGGGCCAACAGUGCGCGUCGCCCAACAUGCAGAUGCCGAGCAUGAGCAUGGGCAUGGGCCUGAGGCCGGGCAUGGUGCACCUGCCCGGCACCCUCGACCCGGUCAUGGCGGAGGUGCAGCAGCCUACUUAUACACAGAUGGAUUCUACGGGAAACAGUACGCCCUCGUUAUCGGCGUUGCUUAUGAACCCCGGCGAGGACGACGUACCUUUCAACUCUGGUGAUCUCUCCAAUCUCUCCUCCAUGCUCAACAACGACAGAGGCGAUCUCAGCGAUAGUCUCAACAGACUAUCCACGCAAGAUUUACUACAACCGUAGUUUACGUGACGAUACCAUAUAUAGUUACCGAACAACUGUACUAUUCGACAGCGUAGCUGACGACCAAAUGUGUUAUUCGAGAAAAGUCAACUACCCUCGUCGAAGAACAACUGUGCUAAUCGAGCUCUCGAUGUUGGACAAUUGUCUUGGUCUUAGGCGACCAACAACUCUUAUCGAUUUAGCUUUAGCUGGAUGACAAUAAUGCUAUUUGAUUUUUGUAGCAUCG